CUGACACAUAGACCGACGACAAUGUGUUUACAAAUGGAUCCAGAGACAUCUGUCUCGACUCUUAAACAGAUAAUUUGCGAGAAAAUCAGUGUCCGGCCUCAACAGCAGCGACUGUACAUCCGAAGAAACUUUCGGAACUUUGAGCUCCAUAACUUGCUGACACUUCAGGACUGUGGAAUUCAUCAGGACGAGAACAUCUCACUCCGUCUGUGUACUGAUGGCUUACUGGGCGGUGGACGGAAAGAUGCGCCGCCUGACAGCAAAUCCAUUUUGAGUCUUUCUGUAGACAUUGGAACAGACUGGGAAAAAUUGGCCAUAAACUUGAACUUUUCUGAAGGAGUUCUUAAUACAAUUAGGAGUAAUCGUCCCAACAACAGUGAAAUGCAGUGCUUUGAAAUGUUAAACAAAUGGUGGAACAAGCAGGAAAAUUACCCAGAAGCAUGGCAGACGUUGGAGAAGGCUCUGAUUGAUUCGGGCAGGAACGACUUGGCUCGGCGCUUAUCAGGUAUGCUUAGUAACUGAAGAAAGUUUUGCAAAUCGUGCACUUACAUUUCAAAACAAGGUGAUCCGCGGAUUGCACGUGUCACCUUUUUCCGCGGUC